AUGAGCGACGCUUAUUCUCAAAAUGACCCUGGUCGCUUUCAAUCGACUCAUCUAUCGAAAAACCAGCAACCAACCGCCAGUGCAUACCAACCUGCUCACGAAGCGUGGGGUGAAGAUGGUACAGAUGAAUACUCUAGAUGGGACCCGCGAGGAUGGUCCUUGAAGAGCAAGAUUUUCCUAGCACUUGGUGUUGUCGUGGUGAUUGUGGCAGUGAUUGUCGGUGCUGUUCUAGGAGUGAGAGCAAAUCAGUACCCUGAUUACUCGAAACUGGAGUACAGCUUGAAAGACAAUUAUUCGGGAUCGUCCUUUUUCGACAACUUUGAAUAUUUCACUGGUGCCGACCCAACCCAUGGAUUUGUCCAGUACAUCGACCGGGCUGCAUCUGCAUGGCUGAAUUUAACUUCCGCCACAGACACUUCUGCAGUGCUCAAGGUGGACACGACAUACAAAGGAUCGGAAGCUGCAAAUGGGCGUCAAUCUGUGCGAGUAACAUCUAACAAGACGUACUCUGAAGGACUUUUCAUCUUUGAUGUCAUUCACACCCCGUACGGCUGUGGUACAUGGCCAGCCCUGUGGCUGACAGACCCCAACAACUGGCCUGAGUAUGGAGAAAUUGAUAUCGUGGAAGCCACCAAUGCCGGAACCUUUGGAACCCAAUCCACGCUUCACACAUCGAAAGGCUGCACCAUGGGUGUCAAGCGGAAAGAAAGUGGCUCUGUCGCCAACGACAACUGUUACUACGAGGCGAAUGAGUAUUCAGGUUGUGGUGUGAUAGGCACUGAGAGUACUUAUGGCCCUGAAUUCAACAAGAAUGGAGGCGGAGUUUACGCGAUGGAACUCCGUGAUGCCGGCAUUCGCGUAUGGCAGUGGGUUCGCUCCAAAAUUCCGGCCGAUGUCACGUCGGGAAGUCCCGACCCAUCCACCUGGGGCCAAGCAUUCGCAGACUUCCCCAGCACCGAUUGUGAUAUCGGUUCUCAUUUCAAAAACCAAAGCAUCAUCAUCAAUAUCUCUUUGUGCGGUGACUGGGCGGGAGCGAAGAAGUACUAUACGACCCAAAGUAGCUGUCCUGGAACCUGCAAGGACUUUGUGCGGGACAAUGCGACUAGUUUCGACACUGCAUACUGGGAGUUCGGCAGCUUCAAGGUCUAUCAGGCCUCGUGA